UACAUAGUUAAUUAAAAAUAAGAGACCAUGCCCUUUCGCAAAACAUAUCAAGUCAACAAUCGGGAGGAAGGCAAGGCCGCUCAACGAGAUCAAUCGUAUAGAAGCUGUCUCGUCACCUUGCUCAUCUUCUUUUUUAUGUGCCUCAUUCUUAUUCUCGCCUGCAUACCCUGGAAAAUGCGAAAUCAUAGAGAAUACAAGAAUCAAUACAUUGAAAAUGAGCCACAGUAUCAUCAUGAAGAACACAUGAAAGAGGCAAUAACGACUUCCACAAUCAUGACAGUUGUAUUAACGACUCUGACAACUCCAAGAACAACUACAUCCACCACGAACACAGAGAAAACAAAACCAACGAAAAAUAUUGAUGUCGUCACUGAAGAGUAUUCAAAGAAGAACAUUAAGGGAUCUCAUCAUUUCGAGCGUUAUUCUGAAAAGAAUAGAACGACGGAGGGUGAAAUAAUUAUGUUUCCUGUGACUGUACCUAAAAAAAAAACUGAUGACUUUUCCACGACGAAAAAAAUCGUUCAUUAUACAGAAACUACUGAAGAAGACAUCGAUUUUACUGUAUUGCCAUAUGAUAUUAUAACUGAUAAUAUCAUCGAUAAUGAUACAACUUCAAUAUUGCCAAAUGGACCAAUUGUCAGCAACAUUACGUUAAAAUACAAUGUUAAAACUGUCGACAUUAUAGAGAAUGUUACGUCUUCCGUUGAAUCCGUUGAAUCUACGACUGAUAUAUAUUACAAUACAGAAAAAUCAAAAAUUGAUACCGCAAUUGAUAAUAUUACAACUCCAACAUUAUCAUCUUCAUUCAAUGAUUCUGAAGGAUAUGCUGCCGAAAAUUUUACUAAUAAAUACGAGAGAUUGAAAGCUGCUGUUGUAACUGAUAUUACAACGCAGAAUCUUCCGACCGAUCCUGAAAAAAAUACGAAUGUUAAAUAUCUUUCCGAUCUGUAUAAUUAUACUGAGGAAUCAAAAUUCGAUGUAACAACAAACGAUAUAAUCACUUCUACAUCGCCGACUCAAUCAAAUCCUGAAGAAGAUAGAAAUACUAAAUAUUCAACAACAUAUUUAAAUUAUAAGGAAUCUACAACCGGUCUAGAGUAUAGUCCGACAUUAAUUAAUGAGAAUGUAACGAGUUCUUCUGCCACAAUGAAUUAUACUCCAGCCAUAGAUGAGAGGUUUUCACAAACUACAAAAAUCAGAAACGAAACUGAGGACAUGACAAAUGCGACUUCGAAGAACUAUAGCAAGACUACAACCCAAAAUGAGAAUGUGACUUCUAGUGUCACCGAGGAAUACAAUGUAUCUUCUACAAACAAUUAUGCAAACAUAGCUAUUUUUGCUUUUGACAACUAUACGACAAACAUAAUAAACCAGGACGAGACGAGGCUUACAACGGUGAGGACCACACUUCCUGACGAGGAUACGAAUAUUUGCGAAACAGGACACUGCAAACAGAUUGCCAGCAAAAUGUUAUCCUACAUGAAUCACACGGCAGAUCCUUGUGAAGAUUUCUACGAGUAUGCUUGCGGUGGUUUCGAAGCGGAUCCGCAGUUGACAGAUGGAAAUCUAAAAUUCAGAAAUUAUCAACGAAUUGCCAGACAGAUGUUAAAAGAGAAACGCGAAAACGUGUACUCGAAUUUUGCAACGUACUAUGACAGCUGUGUGCAAUACGAAAGAAAUGUGAACUUCAAUGAAAGAGCAGAAAUGGCAAAUAAUGCGUUAAAAAGAAUAGGAGAGUUUUAUACAGAUGCCACAUGGUCUGAUAGUUAUGUAGGCUUUACAAAAUUACUCGCGCAAUUAAUGUUACAUCACAGUGCUCUUUUAUUUGACGUCGUGCCAGAAUUAGAUGAAUAUCGUCGAAACAGUUUCACGCUUAAAAUAGGUCCUACAACAUAUAAAAGUCCUUUCAAAUACAUGGAGGAGGAUACAUGCUCCGAGAACGAGGUUGAGACGGAAGGACGAUAUGUGGAUCUUGAAAUUUUAUAUAAUAAUUAUAAAAGAUGCAAGAGUAAUACAAAAGAAUUUAUGAAAUCCAUUAAGGAAGCUCUAACAGUGCUUAAUGUUUUUAAAAAUUUAAAUGACAGUUACCUAGAACAGGAGAACAUAGAAAAAACUAUUCAUACAAUCAACAUUACUCUAAUGCAAGGAUACUUUUCGCAUUUUCCGUCCAAAAGUGAAAUACGGGAAGCAUAUGUGUUGAAUAACUACAGUAAAGUCAGUUUAGACGAGUUGCAGAGCAGCAGUACUUUUGUGAAUUGGACACAAUUAAUUCGUUCGCUAACAGGAAUGGAUAUGAUAACCAGCGAGGCUAAUAUUCAAAUUUAUUUCUACACCGCACUGAUUAAAGGUUUACGCGAAUUAGAGAAAUUCAGUAAAGAGGAUCCUGCAGGACUCAACAAUGCGAUAUUAGGAUUAUAUGCACACAAUCUUUAUCAAGAGUUGGUGCUACCAAGGCGCAAUAAUAUGAAAGAUUAUUGUCUGCAAGUUGCUACCUAUCUCCUACAGCUGGAAGCAUCCAGUUUAUAUAUAUCUUCUUUUACUGAUCAUGAAAUAGUACAGAUGAAUAAUAUGACGAAAAAGAUGUUCAAUCAGCUAAAACAAACGCUAAAGAUAAAAACUGAAGAAGUAGAAUGGGCCAGAGAGGAAGGACUACAAGGAUUGCUGAAGAAAAUCGACAGUCUGCAGCUUGCAUUGCCUGUUAUUUCCUAUUUCAAGAACAGACAUUCGUUAUACAAUGAAUAUAAUGUCUCACAGAUAAUUUUGUAUGACAAUUACUUCUAUAAUUCGAUGAUUCUGCUGAAAAGAUACAGAACUCUACUAUAUGCCGAAUUAAGAAGAGAAGUCGGCGAUCCAAAGCAAAUUUGGACAUAUUAUGCGACGCCAUUCCAAUCGAAGGCCCAGGCAAUCUACGGCCUGAACCUCGUCGUGAUUCCCUACGGCAUCAUCGAUUGGUCCUUGAUAAACGACGAACUCUCCUUCGAUUAUCUUCUGCUGGCGACACUUGGGAAUUUAAUAGCACAUCAGAUCGCCCAUCAUUUCGAUGCGAAUGGUAUACACUAUUGGGAUAAAACCAGGAAUACUCAAGAUUCCCUGAUGUAUGAGAAUGAAUUCACCGACACGAACUUCGACGAUUACAUCAACUGUCAAAAGGAAAACUUAUAUCAAGGACCUAUGAACAUGACAUUACCCUUCACCGAUCAGACAGUAUCGUUUAUGAUUCCGCGAUUGACCUUGAACGAGCGGUUGUCUGAAAUUAUGGGACUCAGACUAGCCUAUGAUACUUUGGCUCUUACGAGAUCGGAUGCAGAAAGGAGGCUUCCGUGGAUAAAACUCCGCAUCAACCAAUUAUUUUAUCUCGCCUACGCUCAGACAUAUUGCACGAAGACAUCACUCACGUCGUCGUACAUCUCUUUGCACGAGAGCGAGAAUCUGCCGAACCGGAUUCACGUGUUCGUCUCUGCAUCGAACAGUGUACUCCUCGCCGAGGCGUGGAAUUGCCCGGUAGGUUCGCAAAUCGCGCCCAACGAUGUUUGUAGCGUCUUUCCGUAUAUAGAUUUCAAGGAGACCGCCGCAUUGAUGCCAGAGUGAAAACCGUUCGCGGAAAAUGUGAUAAACAGGCAACCGCGGACGUUUCAAUUUUAUUUAGUGUAGACUCGGUCAGUCUACAAAUAUUCGCGACGCAAACUAUUAAAAGACUAAAUUGAUGGAUACAAAAACGAAAUUCACGUCCCUCUAUCCGUUCUGCGAGAUUCACACGUAAAUUUUUCUAAUAUAUAGAUUCGGACAAACGAUUGGAUUUAUCUUUUGUUUGGAAUUAAAAAUACUAAGUAUUUACUUUUAAGUUCCAUUCACGAACGAUACAUGUAAGACUAUACCUUUAAUCCAAUUUUAUAUAAAAAAAAAGAGUCGAAAAA